UUUGCCAUUUUGGCUACGACGCAAAUUCCCCUUUUAAAAAGAUCCCAUCUUGAAAAAAUUUAGUAUAGUUCUUAGCCUUUUCGCUGAGGAAAGAUCCCAUCUUGAAAAAAAUUAGGGGUUGAGCGAUGCCUUAACCGAUCUCUAAGGAAAGAUCCGAUCUUCCUUGCCCGAAGCGUCAGAAGAUGGAGGAGGAGACAACGUGUGACGACAGCGAUUCGGAUAAUUCCCAAGACCCCACACCGGAAGAAAUCCAACUGUACUAUGAUGAGUGGGAUAAAAGCCAGGGUUUUGAAAUCGACUUCUCGAAACUUAGCUACUGUGGCUCAUGGCAACCUAUGGAUCUGGACGAUACAUGGGCUGACGAGCCUCAAACCAACAGAGAUUUUAUCGCCAGGUUGUCCAAUAUGGCUCUCACCAAGCACAACGCAGAAAAUGGAACGGCAAAGGUUCUGAGGGCAAACUUUCAUCCAUCUGCUGGAAUCACUCUCUACAUCUUUUUCGAAGUCAAUGAUCCGUCUGAUGAUGCUAAUCAGACCAAGCCCUAUAGAGCAGUGGUUCGCUACUUACCCGAAUAUGAUAUUGAAGUACAUUCUUGCAAGCCUAAACCUUCUUCUUGAAUUUUGUGGUUUCUCCACAUCUGUCUAUCUAUCUAUCUAUCUAUCAAGCUCAAGGGCAGAAAAGUGUUUGCUUCGUCCUCCAACCUCUUUGUAUUGUUAUGGCUCGUACGUGUCAAACGAGUUCUUUGUUUGUAGUCUUGGUGUUGGUGUUUCGCUAUAUCAUUUAGCCAAGUUAUGUAUUUGGAUAUAUAUAUAUAUAUAUGAAUAAUUUAUUAGUUCUGUAUUA